CUCUCAUUUAUGCAACUCCACCCUUCACUCUUCACUCAAAUAACAACAAUAUAAUCAGAAAAAACAUGCCGCCGCCGACAACCGGCGCCGGGCCUCACGUGGCCGUGCUGGCAUUUCCAUUCGGCACCCACGCCGGCCCUCUCCUGGCGGUGGUCGACCGCCUCGCCGCCCUCUCUCCGGCGACCCACUUCUCCUUCCUCAGCACCCCGCAAUCCAACGCCUCCGCCUUCAAAAACCGCCCCUCCGCCGACGCCUCGCCGCCGGCCAACGUCCGGGCCCACGACGUGUGGGACGGGAUCCCCGAGGGCUACGAGCUGACCGGGAGGCACCAGGAGGCGAUCGAGCUGUUCAUGUCGGCGGCGCCGGCGGGGUUCAGGCAGGGGAUCGCGGCGGCGGAGGCGGAGUCCGGGCGGAAGGUGAGCUGCUUGGUGACGGACGCGUUCUAUUGGUUCGCGGCGGAGAUGGCGGAGGAGCUGCGGGCUCCGUGGGUCGGGUUUUGGACCGCGGGGCCCAACGCGUUGUCCGCGCAUUUGUACACGGAUCGCUUGAGGGAAGCGCUCGGAAACGUUCCAGCAGAAGCAGAGGAGGCCCAGCUGGGCAGCAUAGUCCUAGGGAUGUCCAAAAUCCGAGUCAAAGACCUACCGGAAGGAGUAGUAACCGGAAACCUAACCUCCAUCUUCUCCACCAUGCUCCACAACAUGUCCACCCACCUCCCCAAAUCCGCAGCCGCCGUCUUCAUCAACUCAUUUCGCGGCCUCGAUCCCACCAUCACCGAUGACCUAGCAUCCCGCUUCACCACAUUCCUCAACAUCGGCCCUUUCCACCUCCUCUCCCCGCCGCCACCGCCACCCAAUUCCUCCAGCUGCCUCCCCUGGCUCGACGGGCCGAACCUGGCGCCCGCGUCGGUCGCGUACGUCAGCUUCGGCUCCGUGGUGACUCCGCCACCGCACGAGAUCCGUGCGGUGGCGGAGUCCCUGGAGGCGACCCGGGUGCCCUUCCUGUGGUCCCUCAGGGACCACGCGAGGGCGCAUCUGCCCCAAGGGUUCGCGGAGCGGAGCCAGGGGCAGGGGCAGGGGAUGGUGGUCCCCUGGGCUCCGCAGGUGGAGGUGCUGGGGCACGGCGCCGUGGGGGUGUUCGUGACGCACUGCGGGUGGAAUUCGGUGCUGGAGAGCAUCGCCGGUGGGGUUCCGAUGAUCUGCAGGCCGUUUUUCGGGGAUCAGAGGCUGAAUGGGAGGAUGAUUGAGGAUGUGUGGGGGAUUGGGGUUAAUUUGGAAGGUGGAGUGUUUUCCAAGGAAGGGUUGGUUGGUUGUUUGGAUAGGGUUUUGAAGCGGGAAGAAGGGAAGAGGAUGAGGGAGAAUGUUGGAGUUCUCAAGGAGAAAGCUGAGGAAGCUACUAAGCCCAAGGGAAGCUCCUCUGAUGAUUUCUGCAGAUUGGUAGAGUUGGUAUCUACUACUACUAUGCCCUAGAUUGAGUAGUCAUUUUGUAGUGACAUUUACCAGCUAUAGAAAGAAAGCAUUAUCUCAAACUGCUGCUGGAUGAUGGUAAUAAUAAACAGCUCCUGAUUUUUUUUUAUAGCAUUUUGGUAGUUCGGAAUCUCUUAACUAGUCUAGAAUGACCAAUAGAAACAUAGGCGAAUCUGUUGGCACAAGAGAUGGAACUGUUUUUACAUUUUCUCGUUCGUACUUUGGUUGUAAUAAGAGCAAUAAUGUGGACUGAGGUGUCAGAACAGCAUGUGUUUGCGAUAGGAAACUAUGUGAAACAACGGGUGUUAAACCCAGUUCACCAAUGGACAAUUCAUGUCUUUUGGAUAA